AUGCCCAAGCAAGCCUUUAGGGUCUUGCCCGACAAGGCCAAGAACAUCUGGAUUUUGCAAGCGUUAGCAGAGACUACGCUAGCUGUCAACGGCGUCAAGCUGAUCGCAGCUGGGAAAGGAAAGACCGAAGGAAAUUUCCACAGCUCGAUAUACCUCCAUCCGGAAGCGGCCAAUGAGGUCGUAGUAGACGCGCUGGAGAUUCAGAUCUGGACCGUCCGCGACGCUGAGCUAGCCGCGAACAAGUCUUUUGAAGAUGUUCCAACCAUGGCUGAGUACUUUGCGAAGAAACUCGAGAUCGUCGACGGGACGGCGACCUUGGUUGACCCUACGGUUGCUGUAAAAAACAUGGACCAGGCAGUUACUAAUGUUAAGCCUAAAGCGAAGGACAACCUGCGCUACGUACUCGAGAAGGGCGGUUUCGGUGACUUUCUGGUAGUCAUUCAUUCGUUCAGUGGCAAGAGGUUACUAGGCAAGUUCUACGACUUGGAGAAAGCUGGAGAGAACGCAAAGUGCGAGCGAAAUCUGAGGGUCAUGGCAAGACUCGAUAUGCCGGACGACCCUGCCAUACUCAAAAUACUCGACGAGUGCGUCAUUAGCAACUUCCGAGUGAUCUUGACGAACACCCCGGAGCGAUGGGCAGAGCUCUCAGAGUAUCUCAAAAUGAUGGAUUUUCACACCUGGUCUAAAGACGAUAGAACGCUUGCUGCUAAUCACUUUUGCCGAGCCAUCAUGACCGCCUUGGAGAAGCUGCACGCAAAGCGGAUUACCAUGGGAGAGUUACUGCCACAGCACAUCGCCAUACAUCAUUUAACAGUAUCUGGUGCUAAGGUAUUCUUGAUCAGCUUGUCAAAAGUCAAGAAGCAUUCAACCGCAAAUAAAGCGUUCGAGAAGGCAUGUCUCAAGGACACCAAGGAGGCAGUUCGUGCUAUGCGGUUGAUCAUGAUGUAUCCUGAUCUUCUUGUCGCCGCACAUUUUCAGCAUACCGAGGGCAUUGUGUCCCAGCCAGGCCCAGUCAAGCGCUCCAAUUUGGGGAAGCACGACGAGCAGCCAGCUAAGAAGCGCAAAACUGACGGCGAACCGGAAUAUUCGGGUAGCGAUCAUCCAUACGUUGGUGUUCCUGAGAAUCCAGACGCAGCAUGGCAUUUGAAAAAAGCCCAGGACGACCUGAAAGAGGCGGAAGAUAAGUGGAACAAGUACAAACUCGCCAAAGAGUAUGAUCCGCUGAGCCACAUAGACUCUGUCCUUGGCACAGCAGUGUACAAUGCUAAGAGGCGGGUUGUGAAAUUCAAGAAAGAGGUACAGAAAGAGGCAACGAAGCGCGCUUUGGACAUUGCAGGGGGGUGGACUAUGCCACUAAACACUUCCCAUCGCCGAGUAUACUACAACAAAGUCACCAAUGAGGUGUCGGAGACCAUGCCUCCUGUCGCUGAUUACCUUCGCAAAGUCAAGCUAUCCGCAGAACAUCCAGCCCUCGAGGAAAAUAGAACAGACGAAAAGCCGGAGCACUGCCAAAAUGUUUUAGUACAGGAUAGCUACGCAUACCGACAACCGCUUGAAGACGUAGACGGAAACUAUUCCUUUGGAUACCCCAUUCUAGACGCGAUAUUUCGGGAUUUUGGCACACUGACCUGGGAUUGGACCGCCAAGGAAAUCAUUCGGCAGAUUCGGGUGGCCGAAGGGGAAUGCAGUGAUCCCUGGCGUACUCUGGAUGUCGUCAAGUCCUGGAAAGUGCAUGCGAAAGAUAGUCCUGAUGGAGACGUGUUGGUCGAUAUGAAGGAUCUUGGGACAUUUUUCGGGUUCAUUCUGCAAAUCUGGCCGACGUGGGGUAAGACUCUUCAGACAAAGGCGAAGGCUUACAUUGACAAGGUGAAAAAUCCGGACUUUUGCCUUGGUAAAGAUCUUCGGGCAUUGGCGAGAGACCUAGCUAGUUUGGGCAACAUGCCUUCACAGUUAGCGGACGCCUUCAAAACUCUCUUGAACUGCAAGAUCGGCAAUUUCUUUGAGCUCAACAACACAUUCAAGCUGUGGUACCACGUACCCAGCAGCAUGUUCAAUGGAACCCAGCUUCUAUCUAUGGCUGACAAAGGUCCUUACGAGCGGUGCAAAGAGUCUAGUUUCCGUCCUCCAUUCCAGCAGGUAAGAGGCGAUCCAAAGCUGGAGGGACACUAUAUCAGCAUAGACCUCCUACCCAAGUUGGCGAAAGAGCUUGAAAUGGAAGUCGUAGGAACGCCGGCGGAGCCAUCGGAACGCACAGUAGACGCAGCCGACUUCUCGAUCGUAGACUCGAGGCGCUCCAUGAUUCUUGUCAAAAAGACCUCUUUGCGAUGGGCAGAACUGGAUAGGAUCACGAGGAAUAUAAAUUUCCAAUUGCACGGAAAGUUACGCGAAGUUACCCAGGCCCAUUUAGAAGGAUACUUCUUCAACAAAGAAGCAAAGAUUCCUGAUAACGUCGACCGUCCGGAGCAUUGGUAUGACUUCAACUUGCGGAAGUACCCCUUUGCGUCUUAUAUUACAAACACCGACACAGCUGAUGAAGAAGCGUAUUCUACACCUUCGCAGUCAGUCACCCCGGUAGUAGACGAGAUGUUGAAAAAACAGCUUCAAAAGCAGGCGUUGAGUCGAAUUGGUCCUUGGCUUAAAUCAACGCGCGAGCGUCGCAUCCCAUCAAAACUUCGUCGCACCCCAGUAGAACCUCGUCGCACCCCAGUAGAGCCUCGUCGUUACCCAGUGGAGCCCUUUUGCGAUCCAGUGGAGCCUCAUCCAGUGGACGAUUCGCAAGUAGGCCACCAACAAGAGAUUGUGGAGCAGGAAGCAUCAUCGUCAUCCCAGAGAACAGUCAAAGCGCCAGAGCCUAAACAAGUGAAAGAAGGAGCGUGGCAGGCAGAUGACUUCUGGGUGGAUUCGGCUGUCGCGGAAGAGGAUGAUGAGGGGUGGGAGACUGACGACGAAAGCGACUGGGAGACCAUCACGGACGACGACGACAACGAGGUCCGAUUCGAUAAUCAGGACAUGGUAUUCGUCGUGGUUGAUAAGGAUAAUGGGAUUGGAAUGAACCACCAUUCCGCAGCGGGGCUCGAUUCGCUACAAGGAUGGCGGAUGAUACCUCAGCCCCAGGAGUCGGACGGUGAAGACUAUAUGAAGUCAAAUCCAUCGUACACUUAUCCCGAAUACGAUCCAAAUGGGUGUAUCAUAUUCUGUCAGGAUCGGCAAGACAUAUGGGACUGCACUUUCGGUAGAGAUCACGAGGACGACUUUCUGCUCCCCUACAACGAGCAGGGUGUCAAGGUCAUGCCACAAAUAGCUUUUCGCAUCGUCCCGAGCAAGAAACACAAUCUCUGGAUGGUCCAGGCGCUGUCCAAACAGUUCAUCCGACUCAAUGAUUCGAGUGGGGGAGAUCAAGGUCCUUCUCUGGAUAGUGCGGGAGGCGAUUCACUGUUCUGGAAAACCGCAGAGGUUCCGGCAGCAGUGGACCUAUUUGCCAAGAAGCUUCAGGUAAAAGGCUCAAUUGGCACUCCGACGGCCGAUCAACGCUCUAUGCGCGAGAUUCCUAACGUGAAUACGUAUCAACUUAAGCGAUAUAUCCUGGACAAAAAUCCAAUAUCCCCACUUACUAUGAAGAUCGUGAAUCUGUUCACUGGAGAGGUUUACGCCGGCAUUUUUUUCAACCAAGACCACGACGAGACACUUGAAAUGAGUCUCCUCCGAUGCAUUGGAAAGCAACCUUCGAUCCUGGCGUAUACUGGCGAAAUCCAGAUAGACAGUAACAGGGUCUUUUUGUCAAGUGCACAUGACGCCUAUUUACCUCUCGAUGUCUACAUGGAACGAAUGAACUUCGAGACACGAACACACGAACAGGAGAAGAUCGCGCAGCCGCAGCAGGUCACUUGUUUCGAGAACUGGUUUACACUCUGGAAGUUCUUACCAAGCAGCGAAUCAUUCAUGGAAGCGUCAAUCCAAGGGCAAUAUGAAUUCAUCAUCUCGAUGUUUGACGCCGCAUCCGAUGAGUUCCUGGCGCCGAGUAAAGAAGAAGCUAGGAAAGUUUUACAAGUCGUGCGUUUCUGCGCGGCCUAUGCGAAGCUCAAAGCGGUUGCAGUUGGGCAGUUUCUCCCUGACAUUGCCCCACUAUCAAGGGAUUACGGGGUCGGAGAUACGAUGCCACCUCCAGCGAGCACUGGGACGAGACCGAACGAAACUGAGAAAGGUUUUUAUGCAGCUGAGGAAGCGCACGAACUUGCAAAGAUGAAGUGGCUUACUUACAAACGUAACCCUGGCUACACUCCGCUCAAUGGAAAAGACAGAAGACUCGCCAUGGCACAGGAGGCUGCCAGCCAAUCCAAGAAGGACGAGGACCUACGACCUGGCUGGAGGCACUUUAUGGAUGCCAACGGAGGUCCUGUCCAUGUUCACCUGGAGCGUCAAGUUAUACCGUCCGUCUACCCUGAAGCCCUGUAUAUGGGAGGAGAGAACAGCGCCCGCGGCCCAGAAUCUGGAGACGCUUCGCUUGCGUUCCAUAUAUCUAGCAAUAGAAAGGUUAUACGCGUAUUCGGAACUCAUCGAGCACAUCGAUGA